AUGGAAACAUCCCCGGGAAUGGACCGGCCGGAAGCGUCCCAAACAACCGGGGUCUCGAGCAACUCUACGAAUAACGAACCACUACCGUCUCCCCGGCAGAUGCCCUCCAAGCGAUCGUCCCUCCCUCCUCGUCCUCACGGUGCCGCCCGACAUACAAAACGCCUGACGUUGAACUUCCCCAUCAAUAUCGCCCCAGGGACAGCUUUUGAUCCGAGCGCAUCGUCUUCACCGUCAGGUCCCAUGACACCAGUGUCUCGAUCGUCCGCCGCACGACAAAGCCCCGUUCAUACCAUAGCCACCUCUCCGUUCGAUGGUCAAGAUGACGGCACGAGUCUGUUAACAGCGAUCGCGUCUCAGGAGCGGAGGGUGCUGGAGUUGCGCGAGGAACUACACCGCGCAGAAGCGGAGCUGGACUCGUUAAAGAAGCAGUGGACAACGUCCGAAAAAACAAGGAAACGCACAGAAGUCAACUAUCGUGCGGAAGCCAUGUUGCCUCUUCGGUCUCCGGACAGGCUCCCUGAUGGAAGCGCGGCAAGUGCGCAUAGUAGGGAAACCAGUGUCAGCGGCAGUGCAACCUCUGCGGUUCCCCCACAAGUUCGACUCAGCCGGGAGCUGGAACGACGCCAGAGCGUGCUUGCAGCCGCAGCUAAUGGCUCAGCUGUCUCGGCUAAUGGACGACGAGUGUUUCAGGGCUCUCAUACGCGAGCUCUGUCUCUGCUCUCUCCAACUACGGGCUCUAUGAGCGGCAAGUCCUCUGAGUCUAGCUCUGCCCAGGGGGAUAAUGAUCGUGUAGGCCGGCCUCCACGAUCAGCCACCAUGCCAUCCGUUGACCGAGUCCCUGUCCGCACUCCGACGGCUCCAACCGAAGACAUGGUCACCCAGUGGCGCAAAGCCAUGCCAGGAUCUCCUGCCUCCCGGGAUAUCCUCAUGCGCACCGGCAAGCAGAUGGCCUCGGAUCUGCGCGAGGGACUCUGGACGUUCUUGGAGGACAUCAGGCAAGCAACCGUCGGUGACGAAGGAAUUAACGCAACAGAAUCGCGAACAAUGCAGCCUCGCAACCGCGAUUCCAGCUCCACUUCGCGCAGCCGAGACCGACUCUCCGUGCAAACUGGCAGUGGCAGUGACAAGGCAUCGUCGCGCUCAUCCUUAGGAAGGAAGAGCCCCGGCUCAACAAAGGCAACUACUGGUACUGCCCGCCAACGCUCGCAGAACUCCCUCAACCCCCAGCGGGGCGAACAGUCACGGUCAGCACAAGUCCAGCGUUCCCACCACGCUCGACGUGGACGAAACAUGGGAUGAUUGGGAUAGCACACCGCAGCCGACUAAAAAAUCGCAUACUCCCUCUUCGAGCCGCUCCACUAUCGAGUCGAGGCAGGACCAGUCGCCUGUCACUCAAGCGAGUAGUCCACGAACAAGCACCAGCUUCGGCGACUGGCACCACGACAUCCCCGACCCCAGCGUCUCAGACGGCAUUCCCUGGCCUGCUCUAACACAAGCCGCGCCUUCCAAACUCAACCGAACAGCCUCGAAUCUCAUGGCAGAAUGGGAGCGCAGCCUGUCCCCUUCGCCGCACAGGAGUCCUCUUGCUUCUCCGGGUCUCGGCAAAGAGAGUAAAAACGACUGAUAUGCCUUGUCAACGAAGAAACGCCGCGCCAUACAUCUUUCGUUCUCUCUCCCAUAUCGCCCUGGUCGCCGGUAUCGUGCCGCAAAACCUAACUCAACUGCUGUAUAUAUGGACACGAAUAUGCACGACCUACCUACUGCUCUAUAUACCUGACUUAACCUAACCUGCUCGUGGACCGACGUGAAGAAAUUUUUCGAGUAUGACAAGCACAAAAACUGAUUAUGUAUGGCUUAACGCGGGUUACGAUUUGGGUCGUGAGACCCUUACGAGUUUUUUAUCUUUCUCCUUCUCUACUCUCUUUUUGACCCUUUGGCUUAUCCUGGAUCUUACUUGACAUCCUUUAUGGGGUCAUUAUGCUUCAUGUACUUCCUGCAUCUAGGAUGAAUGUACUACUAACAUUGAU